UGGUCCUCCCCCUCGGCUGGGUGUGUCUCCGGGAGAGGACGUGCGUUUCGUCACUCGCCGCGUCGGCACCGCGCGAGGUGAAGCGUGAGAGCGGAGAAAGAACCGACGGCUCGCGGAGCAGAAGCGACUCUCGUUCUUCAUUCAGCCCGUGUCUGCGUUGGAGAGGGGGGCGGGGGGGCACGGAGAGAAGACCAUCACACAAAGAGACGUCGUGAAGCCAUGAAGAAGCAAAGUCCCGCCCCGGCUGGGCAGCAGCCCGCCGGAGCCCCCCCGGGGGGCGGCGAGAUCACCGUGCAGCAGCUGAACGAGCUGCUGACCAACGGCAGCGGGUUCUACAGCCUGCCCACCCAACACUUCCACGAGGUCUUCCCCCGGAUCUACAUCGGGAACGCGUUCGUGGCCCAGAACGUGAUGCGUCUGCAGAAACUUGGCGUGACCCACAUCCUGAACGUGGCGGAGGGGAACUCCUUCAUGCACGUCAACACCAGCGCUGAGUUCUACGUGGGCACGGGCAUCACGUACCACGGCGUGCGGGCUAACGACACCGAGCAGUUCAGCCUCAGCGCCUUCUUCGAGGAGGGGGCCGACUUCAUCGACAAGGCCCUGACCCACAACAACGGCAAGGGCAAGGUGUACGUGCACUGCCGGGAGGGCUUCAGCCGUUCGCCCACCAUGGUGCUGGCCUACCUCAUGCUGCGCCGCAAGAUGGACGCCCGCGCCGCCAUCGCCACCGUGCGGCUGAAGCGGGAGAUCGGCCCCAACGACGGCUUCCUGCGCCAGCUGUGCCAGCUCAACCAGCAGCUGGCCCGCGAGGGCCGCCUGGGGCCCGGGGGGGGGGCCCCCGUGAGGAACAAAUGAAGACGAAGAGGAGGAAGAGGACGAGGAGGAGGAGCAGAGGCGGAGGAGGAAGAAGCGACCCUGUGCCCCGCCUCCUUAUCCUCCUUCCUCCGGUCAUGUCUGUUCACCGGCUUCAGCUGCUCGCCAAGGCUGGCCCCGCCCUCCCCGACUGCUGAGUGAACACACACUGGGCCGAGCACGCACACACACACACACACACACACACACACACACAUACGGAGCACACGCACAAAAACACAGACACACUCUGAGCUGAGCACCUUAACACUGAGACACUCACACACGCAAACACACACACACACACACACACACACACACACACACACACACACACACACACACACACACACACACACACACACACACACACACACACACACAUACACAUACACACAAACACUGAGCACACACACAAACACACACUCUGAUCUGAGCAGACACUCACACACACACAUGAUCUUGAAUCACAAGUCUUCUCUCUCACCAUACUGCCACAUUGUUCCAUCUUCCCGCUCUGUCCAACAUUGUUGUUCUUCAUACGUCAGGGUUCAGAUUAGGGUUCAGAUUAGGGUUCAGAUUAGGGUCCAGAUUAGGGUUCAGAUUGGGGUUCAGAUUAGGGCUCAGAUUGGGAUUAGAUUUCAGAUUAGGGUUCAGAUUGGGGUAUUUUGUGUUUUUUUUAGAAGGCUAACUGGUGCCACUGGUUCCAAUCCAACAUGUCAUUUGUGACCUGAGAUCUCCACCACAUUCCCUGAGUGUGAGGGGGUGAGGCUCAGUCCGCUCCACCCCCUCAACACGAGGCCAAACCCCAGAUUACAGCACAACCCCGGCGACGCCCCUCUGCCGCACGGCCGACGGCGAAUUGAUCCCCGAAAGUUCAGAGAAAAUGGGCCGUAGUUAACGUCCUCUAAGGCUUUUGUACGCAAAAAGACCUGCCGUCGCUUUUAAGUACUUAACGUUUUGUAUGAAAGCGCAGACCAAACUGCAGGAUAAAUGUCCAUGUGGGACCUCUUCACGGAGACUCCGACUCCAGACAGACGGAGUCCGGAGACCAGAGGAGCACGGAGACAUUCCAUCUGAGAAUUUAGUUUGACAACCGGCCUGAAAUCAAUCUUUGCACUCUGAGUGGCCCUUUUCAUUGAUCCACUCGUAGGAUAAAAGGAGUGUGCACGUACAAUUGACCACACGUGCACACUCCUAAUCCCCCUGUGCACAAGCUCAGUACACUAGUGCACACAAACACACACACAUACACACACAGUACAAUACAGCAUCUUCAUUGCCACCCUGGAUUGUCGCCUUGUCUCUGCAGCCAGCGCAGAGCGAUGUCAUCCAUCUUGGGAACACACUCAUAACCCAGAGUUAUGGCCACUGCCAGACUCACGGCCAGGAGCCGCGACCCCCCCCCCUCUGAGGCCAUCCCACACACUCUAGACCCGGGUGUGUGUGUGUGUCCUACUGUAGUGAGACACGCCAGCGGUAUCCCCCUGUCAAGGCCUUGUUCUGUUUGUAUUAGUGUAGUAUAUGUCAAUGCCCCCUCCCACAGCACCACCAGGUCAUCUCUAGAGAUACGGGUGGAGUAAUGCACCACCACGGGUGGUGCAUUACUCCACUUUAAAGGCAGCCCCAUGUCAUCUCUAGAGAUACGGGUGGUGUAAUGCUCCACUAUAAAGAGACCACCAUGUCAUCUCUUUAGAUACGGGUGGUGUAAUGCUCCACUAUAAAGGCAGCACCAUGUCAUCUCUUUAGAUACGGGUGGUGUAAUGCUCCACUAUAAAGAGACCACCAUGUCAUCUCUAUAGAUACGGGUGGUGUAAUGCUCCACUAUAAAGGCAGCACCAUGUCAUCUCUUUAGAUACGGGUGGUGUAAUGCUCCACUAUAAAGGCAGCCCCAUGUCAUCUCUAGAGAAACGGGUGGUGUAAUGCUCCACUAUAAAGGCAGCCCCAUGUCAUCUCUAGAGAAACGGGUGGUGUAAUGCUCCACUAUAAAGGCAGCACCAUGUCAUCUCUAGAGAUACGGGUGGUGUAAUGCUCCACUAUAAAGGCAGCACCAUGUCAUCUCUAGAGAUACGGGUGGUGUAAUGCUCCACUAUAAAGGCAGCACCAUGUCAUCUCCAGAGAUACGGGUGGUGUAAUGCUCCACUAUAAAGGCAGCACCAUGUCAUCUCUAUAGAUACGGGUGGUGUAAUGCUCCACUAUAAAGGCAGCACCAUGUCAUCUCUUUAGAUACGGGUGGUGUAAUGCUCCACUAUAAAGGCAGCACCAUGUCAUCUCUUUAGAUACGGGUGGUGUAAUGCUCCACUAUAAAGGCAGCACCAUGUCAUCUCUUUAGAUACGGGUGGUGUAAGGCUCCACUAUAAAGGCAGCACCGUGUCAUCUCUAGAGAUACGGGUGGUGUAAUGCUCCACUAUAAAGGCAGCACCAUGUCAUCUCUAUAGAUACGGGUGGUGUAAUGCUCCACUAUAAAGGCAGCACCAUGUCAUCUCUAUAGAUACGGGUGGUGUAAUGCUCCACUAUAAAGG